AUGGAUGAGUCGCUGAUGUCGGCACCUUCUGGCGGCCUCCUCGGUCACUACUUCAAACUCGAGGCUGUAACAAGCAAAGGCGACAGACUUCCUAUGACUCAACGAUGGGAUAACGACGGAGGAGCCAUGGUCAUCAGUCGGCGAUUGGAUCACAACGGAGGAGUCAUGGUCAUCGGCUACGACUUGAGCGAUUCGAAGAGGACCUCCUUGCUCAUCCAUGCACCAAAGUGGAAAACCGUCGACGACAGAUCUGAGGAGCUCCAGGAGAACGAUGGCUUCGCCGCGGCCCUGUACGAUCCUCAGAAUCCUUGGAUGCUUCGUAACCCGGAGUUCGCCCUGGGGUACGACUUAUUCAAGCGCUUAAUCGAAGAGGACCUCCUUAGUCACUACUUCAAACUCGAGGCUGUGACAAGCAAGGGCGACAGACUUCCCACCACUUGA